CACAAAGUGAAAAACUCAUGCAUAUAAGUGCGUUUUCAUGAUGUUUACAAUCGCCCUAUAAAUAGACACAAAUCGGUCUCUCUGUUUUUUCGAUUCCAAUUUGCUAAACCCAAAACACACACACACACACACACAAUCAAACCCGAACCGGAAAAAAAUGAUACCGGAAAACAACUCCACCACUCCCGCCGCCGCUGUUCCAAACCAAACCGGAUUCAACCACUGGAAUUCACCUGUCCCUUACCUCUUUUCCGGGCUUGCUUUAAUGCUAGGCCUCAUUGCGUUUGCGCUCAUGAUUCUGGCUUUUUCUUUCCGGAAAAACACUAAUCUUAAUAAUACAGAUUCGUCCUCUGCCUCCGGCAAUGAUAAACCGCCGAGGUCCUCCCUUCCGAACCCGGAAAUGGAGCCGAGGAUUGUUGUUAUCAUGGCCGGAGAUCAUAAUCCCACCUACAUCGCAAAGCCGGCCGCUCCGCCACUCCGCCGGCAGACAGAGGAAGUUUGAGGCGGCGGCGAAUUAUCAAUUAGUCGGGAAUAUCGAUCGGCAUCUUUUCCCCCAACCACUUCGUCGUCAUCAAUUUUGUCCGACACCCAUGUUUUGAUUAAUAAUUAGUGCCGGAGAAUCGAUCAAUAAAAACCAGGAAAUUUUUGUUGCCUUUUUUUUUCUGAGGAUAGCGGGAACUGUAAAUUGAGAGAUGAGGAAGAUUAAUCAUUACAAUGCAUCAGGAAUUGUUGGGGUUUUUCUUUAUGUAACUGUUCGUUUACUUUUGGAGUUCUUCUUUGAUCGCUGAUGGAGUGCAUUGCUUAAUUACUUAGGUGCUGAAAUGAUAAUUAAGAUCCUUUUUUCUUUUUCUCGAAAUUGGUUAUUAAAAUCUUCAUAAACUAAAUUGAUCGGAGGAAGACACGGGAAGAAGAUGACGAAGCUGGUAAUUAAACUGGUAAGGCUGGCUGCAACUUAAUCGUUUAUCUCACCCUUAAAGGCAAGGCAAGUUAUAAAGGAAAAUAAUCUAUAUAGUAAAUAAAAAUAGUGACAAAAUAUAGUGACUGAUUCGGAGUAAUCUAUGGCCCUAGUUUUUUUACUAUUUUUCUAUUAAAGUUUAUUUUUCCUCCAAAAUUAUAUUUUUACCCUUAAUUAAUAAAUAGACAUGUUUAAUAAAUAGAUAGUGUAUUUAUCUUUUCAUUUGUCAAUAAAUAUUUUUACUGUUACUUAGUCACUGGAUAUAUCAUUACUGCGUUAUAAAUGAGUUUUGGUGCGGUAAAAGUUUUGCCUUACUACUACUAGUACUCCAUCGGCAUAAAAAACAUUUACGCCCAUCUAAUACUAUAUCUUCUUCAUUUUCUACAAUAAUUUUUCUUUUCCUUUUUGAAUUAGAUAGCUAGCUACUAAUAUCUUUCAUAGAGCUAAAUUUAUACUCCAUCCGUCCCGUCACAUUUUAAUAAC